GAAGGACCCGCCCUCGUGUCCGAGUCCGUAAACACGGAAAUAACUGAGCAGAAAGUGGGAGAAAUAUGUCCAGGAUGGGGAUUCGGUGCAACGUGCAGUGUUACGGUCGAGGAGAGAUCCAUGAGGAGAUUGUGAAGGAGCUGGACAUCUCCCGUUGUGAAGGGCCACGGGUUCCCUGCGUUUUCUUUGUCUACAAAGUGUCUCGUGAAACUCAGGGUAUUUGAAAUGCCCUUCACUGGGUCACAGGAGGAGGGACAGUGCGGAAGGAAGACAUUUGUGCCAUGACUCUAUUGCAGAAAUCCCCAGCUGUCGGAGAGAAGAAGAUAACGCCAGAUCCAGGGUUAUUCCAUAAGGGAACUGAAGUUUUUCGCGUAUCCUGGAUGGAUUCCAGUAGCUGGUGGAGGAGAUUGAAGACGUACCAGUGCCCCACAGUGAUUCAGACUGUCAAACAGAGUCUCAUCGACAGGACCCGAUCCAGAGGAGGUUCCUGCUCCGUAGGGCAGAGCGAGUAUCCGCCAGGCGGUGAGACUUUGGUGGUGAGUGAACAAUCGGCUUCCUCGAUUUCUUCAGGAUGCAGCCAAAGGAAGAACAGCUGGAACUCGGAGAGGCUUCAGUGUAACGUGCAGCGUUACGGUCGAGGAGACGUCCAUGAGAAGAUUGUGAAGGAGCUGAAAAUCUGCCAGUGUGAAGGGCCAGGGGUUCCCUGUGUUCUGUUUGUGUACAAAGUGUCUCAUGAAAAUCAGGAUCUUCGAGAUGCCCUGCAGUGGGUCACAGGAGGCGGGACAGUGCGGAAGGAAGACAUUUGCUCUGUGAUUCUGUUGCAGAAAUCCAGAGAUUUCAGAGUAAACAAGAUGAUUAAUCCAGGGUUAUUCCAUGAGGGAAUCAAUGUUUUUCAGAUAUUUUGGACAGAAGCGAGUGUUACGUGGGCAAGUGCUGAUGAAGGCCACGCAGUGAUUCAGACCGUCAGACAGAGUCUCAUCAACAAGACAAAAUCCAGAGGAGGGUCCUGUCCCGGGUCGAGCGAGGAUCCACAGGGCAGUGAGACGCCCUCGUGCAGUGCGCCCACCUCGAUGUGCAGAGAGCAACCAGAUCAUUUGACAUCUUCAACCUGCACGCAAGUGAAGAGCGAAGAGAGCUCAGAGAGGUUUCAGUGUAACGUGCAAUGUUAUGGUCGAGGAGCCGUCCAUGAAGAGAUUGUGAAGCAGUUGAAUAUCAACGAGUGUGAAUGGCCAAGGAUUCCCUGUGUCCUGUUUGUCUACAAUGUAUAUCAUGAAAUUGAGGAUUUUCGAAAUGCCCUGCAGUGGGUCACAGGAGGCAGAAGAGCGCGGAAGGAAGACAUUUGUGCCGUGAUUCUGUUGCAGAAAUCCCUGGAUGUGGGAGAGGGGAAGAUAAGGACCUAUCCAGGGUUAUUCCAUGAAGCAACAGCAGUUCAUCGAGUACUUUGGAGAGAAACCAGCGAUAUUUUCAAAAGGAGGUCAGCUGACUGCCAUUGUCCAAAUACGAUUCGGGCCAUCAGACAGAGUCUCAGUGACCGAACCAGAUCCAGAGAACAUUCCUCCUCCGGGUCGAGCGAGGAUCAGCAGGGCAGUGAGACUCUCUCAUUGUGUAGUGAGCCCACCUCGAUGUGCAGAGAGCAACCAGAUCAUUUGACAUCUUCAUCCCGCACGCAAGAGAAGAGCGAAAAGAGCUCAGAGGAGCUUCAGUGUAACGUGCAAUGUUACGGUCGAGGUGACGUCCAUGAAGAGAUUGUGAAGCAGCUGAAUAUCAACGAGUGUGAAUGGCCAAGGAUUCCCUGUGUCCUGUUUGUCUACAAUGUGUCUCAUGAAAUUGAGGAUUUUCGAAAUGCCCUGCAGUGGGUCACAGGAGGCGGAAGAGCGCAGAAGGAAGACAUUUGUGCCGUGAUUCUGUUGCAGAAAUCCCGAGAUGUGGGAGAUGGGAAGUUAAGGACCUAUCCAGGGUUAUUCCAUGAGGGAACAGCAGUUCAUCGAGUACUUUGGAGAGAAACCAGCGGUACUCUCAAAAGGAGGUCAGCUGACUGCCAGUGUCCAAAUACAAUUCGGGCCAUCAGACAGAGAAUCAGUGACAGAACCAGAUCGAGAGAACAUUCCUCCCCCGGGUCGAGCGAGGAUCCGCAGGGCAGUGAGACUCCCUCAUUGUGCAGUGAGCAACUAGAUCAUUCAACAUCUUCAACCUGCACACAAGAGAAGAGCAAAAAGAGCUCAGUGAAUCUUCAGUGUAACGCUCAGGUCCUACGGAGCAGGGGGUUUAAAGUUCUGGGAUUCAUCUGGAUGGAAUGCUCUGGCAAACAUGGAUCGGACAAAGAGAGUGUUACAGAUGAUCCUGGAAGGGAGAGUUCCCAAAGGAACAAACAUAUUCACAGGGUUGUGAUUGGGACCAAGUCUGAAUUAUUAGGGAUACCAGAGAAACACAAUGCACGGAUUUAUGAAUAUGAGCCACUGCAGAGGAAGUUUGAGAUGUUGGCAGAACGUACUGGGAUGGAGAGGCGUUUCAUGUUUGUGGUUUCGAAUCAGUGGAGAGGUGGAAAGAUCGAGAUGAUAAAAUGCAUCCUGGCCCUGUAUGUUCUGGAUAAUAUGGUCAGAAACAUUGACCGAUUUCUCAAAGCAGUGCAAUGAUCACAGCUGACCUUGUCCAGUGCUGUGAAUCCAAUCCAUUUUCAGGAGCAUGGACACUGCUGUGGGAUUGAUGUUUUUAUUGUUUCCCCUGUAGUUUUAGCAUUCUUUAUGCUUGCUUAUAUAUUUGUAUAAAUCACCUGUCUGUAGACUUUUAGUAACGUUGUAUAAUCAGUUCUAUUCUUCUCUAGUUUUUUCCCAUGCAAAGCUGAAGGGUGAAUCAGUUUCUCAAAUAAACUGGCCCAGACCACUGGGCAGGAUGAAGGCAAACCACGUGCUCAUGGUCCUUUGUUACAGCCGGUCACUGCUAGAGUUGUUUAUAGUUUCAGUGGUCACAAUUACAGCCAGUCACUGUUGCAGUCAGUCACAGUUACAGCAGUCACAGUCAU